AAAAUAUGUGAGAAAAUCUACUUCCUGUGAAACAGAACCCAGGGCAACAGAAGCCCACAGCCUGCGACCCUUGACCCGGAAGAGACUGUGUUACGAGCGAAUGAGCGACAGGUUUUCAUUUAAUAAGUGUGAAACGUUUUGGAUAAAUUAUCAAAACAAGACCAUUUAUCAAGGAGUGGUUGAACGUUAAGACAAAAAUGUUUUACCAUAUUUCACUGGAGCAUGAAAUCUUACUACAUCCGAGGUAUUUUGGUCCUAACCUCCUCAAUACUGUGAAGCAGAAGCUUUUUACAGAAGUGGAGGGCACUUGUACUGGCAAGUACGGCUUUGUCAUUGCUGUCACCACCAUCGACAACAUCGGGGCAGGUGUCAUCCAGCCAGGCAGAGGUUUUGUCCUCUAUCCAGUUAAAUACAAGGCCAUUGUGUUCCGCCCAUUCAAAGGAGAAGUGGUGGAUGCUGUGGUCACUCAGGUUAACAAGGUUGGCUUGUUCACAGAAAUAGGUCCCAUGUCUUGCUUCAUCUCUCGCCAUUCCAUCCCCUCAGAAAUGGAGUUUGACCCCAAUUCUAAUCCACCCUGUUAUAAGACAGUCGAUGAGGAUAUUGUAAUCCAGCAAGACGAUGAGAUCCGGCUAAAGAUCGUGGGAACCAGAGUGGACAAGAAUGACAUCUUUGCCAUUGGAUCUCUCAUGGAUGAUUAUCUGGGUCUUGUGAGCUGAUUUACCUCAGGGGAGCACACUCCACUAGGGACAUUUUAUACUCAAGUCUGGUUAUGCUUUUGGUAAAACUAAUAAUUUUUUACUGCGUAAGGUUAUGGUAGCACGUCGUCAAACAUCAUAGUUACUUCUUUUAUUAUUUUGCUGUACAGCCUAUAUUUGUUGAUUUUUAUUGUAACUGGUUUAAGAGUCAAAUGUUGUAAACAGGCUCAAGAGAUGCUUUCCAAGUUCAAAAGUGGUGCCCACAAGUACUUUAGUUAGUUGCUAUUUAUGUAGCAUUCAUAAUUUGAAUCAUACCUAUAUAUUGCGUGUUUCUUUUGUACACGGGCUGUAAUAAAGUAUUUCAUUUGUUCUUUUA